AUGUCCAUCUCAAAGUAUGAUUCUGCGACUGACCAAGCGAACGAACAUGUGCAAUUGCAAGCCCCUCGCACUCGUCAACCAAGCUGUGAACGCUGUCGUGAUGCGUUCACAACGUACUCGCGCACUGCCGGUCUGCUCUUCAGCACCGUCGAUAUUGUCCGAACAGAUGCGAGGCAGUGGUUGACCGUGGUUACGAGAUCCCAGGUCGACCGGGGCCGGGCGCAGCAAGAACAGGUUCAGGUCAACAUCCGCAAACCGCCAAAGGCCCUGAUUCGACCCGACAUCCACAAACCACCAAAGACCCUGGUCCGACGGCGACCCGAUUGA